AUGGACCCUAGAACGAGAGCACCUACUAUUGUCGACACUACACAAGUGCUGUGCACGGUAUUGGACACGCUUCAGGACCUGCCAACUACACCUCCAUCACUUUACAUUGACCUCGAAGGCGAAAGUUUGUCUAGAUAUGGCACUAUAUCAAUCUUCCAACUCUACGUACUCCCAACACGUCGAACAUAUCUUAUUGAUGUCAAGAAUCUUGGAGGAUCAGCCUUCUCUACCCCAUCGGCAUCUGGGAACACACUCAGGAGCAUAUUAGAGUCUGCAACGAUCCCAAAGGUGAUCUUCGACGUGAGACAUGACUCGGACGCAUUGUUUGCUCAUUUCAAUGUCAAACUUCAAGGCAUCCAGGAUCUUCAACUGAUGGAGCUCGCUACACGUAUCUCAGGAAAGUCCCAUGUCUUUGGACUCUCGAAAUGCAUUCAGAAGGAUUUGGCCCUUUCUUGGAGCGAGUGCUCUGAGUUCGCAAGAGUCAAGGAGAUUGGCAUCAAGUUGUUCGAUCCAAAGCAUGGCGGGAGCUACCAAGUCUUCAACGCACGCCCACUCUCCGACGACCUCGUACUCUAUUGCGCACAAGAUGUUCAAUACCUUCCACAGCUAUGGGCAUGCUAUAACCGCAAACUCGAACGGUCCCCGCAGUGGAAGACAAAAGUGCAAUCGGCCACGAAGGAUCGGGUGGCAGCAUCGCAGCGUGCGGUUUACAAUGGAAAUGGCCCGCACAUGGCUCUAGCACCACCUGGCUGGGGUUCGGUUUGA